AACAGCCAGCAACCAGCAGCUUUUCCCACCGUGGGAGAUGAAGGAGCUUCAGUUGGGUUCUGAAGGUGCUUACGGAAAAUCGUCGCCGCUGUCGUGUACUCGUCGUCGGUGCUCGUCGGAGUGUUCUUUCACUGAAGAAAUAGUGGAUGGUUGCCUACCUUUAGGGGGGAUUAUUGGAGGUCCAUAUCAGAGAUGGCGAUAGAAUCGGAUCCGUGCGAAUCGGGAAACCACGCGGAGCAAUCUGUCCGAUUGAUGGGAAGGAUCUAGGCCAAAGGAUUGAAGACUGUAUCGGAACGCAAAGUACGUGACCGUGCCGCGUCGGCAGGCAGAAGGAUAUUUCAGGCGCGUAUUUGUCGUAUUUCCCACGGUUCAAAGGCGGGGUAUGAGGAAUAGGCCGAGAGGCUCGGUCAGAGAGUGAAAAAUACUGACAGGUGAUUGCGAAGAGGAUACGAGUGAAAAGGAUUUCAGGGGGUGGGUGAAAGAGGUUCCGUUUGCGAACGAACGAACGGAAAAAGAGCGUGCCAAGAGUGUGUAGAAUGGAUGCAGCGUGCUACGGAUUGUGGCCGGAGGGUGUGAAAAUCGAUUUCGCCCUCUUUUCGGCGUGAAGAGAAAAAAGGAAGAUAUUCUGCCUUUGAAAGUGCUGUCGAUGUUGUUGUUAUUGUCGAUGAUCCGAUGGACCGGAAAAGUGAAAUUGCCGUGUUAAUUAUUCCACAAGCAGAGUGGAUUUGAGUGAAGUGCUUCGGAAGGAGACACUCGGAUGUAUGUUUAGAGCACAUCACACGACGUCUUCGUAAACAAGCUCAAUUGCUACGAAGUGUUUCGUUCUAAAUCCAGGGCAAUUGAGGAAGAGUCCUUUAAAAACAACUUCACAAAUCUUCAUCAGCCUCAACGAAAAAUAAUCUCCGAAACUCCAAACAGUGCUCUAACGCAUCAUUCGUUAAAGGUCAUUUAUUACCCGAAUAAUAAACCGGUAAAACUUCCCAGGCCUAUCAGAAGAGCGAAUCUUCACCGAAGAAGCUCCCCAUCUUUGUGACACAGCUGUUCCUUGGAGCCUUAAAAAGCACGUGAAGAAAAAACACCCAAAAAAAAAGUGAAAGUCGUGUUCGUGCCAUAAAUUGGGUGCCAUCGAUGGUGUUGUGGUGGUCUGGCGAAAGCAGAAACCAGAAGCAGCAGUGUGGUUUGGAAUGCCAAUUUUAUGACGGUUGCCGCAGUUUUUAGCUCGAAGCAUAUGGGGAGCAAACCCGCCGGCCCCUGAUCCCGCAGCAACAGCAAGAACGUCCGACUUUGUGAUUUUUUUGCUGGCCCGGUGGUUGUUAUUGUGUUGUGAUUGUGAUUCUUUACGUGAUUGUGAGCCUUUGGAUUGAAGCAAAAAAAAAUAAAGGAAUAAGAAGAAAUUUAAAAGCAUCCGGAUAAGUAUUGAUUGAGUUUGAAACCAGUGGAAAUAUGUGCAUAGUCGGACUGUGAAGAAAACAAACUGAUUGGAGGAGUGGAAAUCUUUUGAAAGCAUUGGAGAAGCCAGCAGAUCAUCUAAAACAAAAUUAUCGUUGGAAAUAAUCACAGAUCAGGAAAAAAAUCUCCAUCGAUGAACAUUUCGGAAUUCCGGAUCAGCGAAAACUUUUCAACCAUAAUCGCAUAAGGUACUUUCCCAGUGGUUCGCCGGUAUUGGUAGAGACGUAAGAAAGAAAAAAAAAGAUUACCCCACCGUAGAAUCUUGCCCCAGACGUGAAGAAAACUACAUUCGGAAACGGAAAAAUUAAGCUUUUGUGCAGUUCAACUCGCUCCUUCCUGCAGCAAUCAUCAGUCACAACGGGCAUCAGAGCCGACCGUCACGUCAGAGUGAGAUAUUAAAAGUUUUCAUUUCCUAGUGGAACGAGCAGAGAAAAAAAAUCCUUCCACUGCUCUGUAGAGAAAGCUCGGUUGAAGCUCUGGGACACAAUGGCAACUGGAACACCGGAGGCAAACUUGAUGGCAAUUGAUUUAAAUGGUGUAAUGAAAAUUAGCUGAGCUGAAUCUCUUACUUGAGGUGGAAAAAGGGAAAAGUUUUACCCCAUUUCCAAGGCGAGGCUGGCAAGGACUCUCACGCGUGUCCUGUGACUACAACUACUGGGAGGUUCUGCGGGAGAUGGCGUAAUGAUAACGUCACACCGUGUCCUGGGAUGUCCUUCCUAUCCCAUCCUACUACCAUGAAGACAUCCUGCUCGUAAUAAUAAUGCCGCCAGUUCUCGACGCCAGCUGUCCGAACUAAUUUUAUCCUCCGGUGAGCGGAAUAAGUUGGAACCGGGGAAAUCACAGAGAAACUUUCGCCUCCAGCUUCCCUGGACUGCCCCGAACACUGUUCAGUGUGAAAUAAUGUGAUAAUCGACGUCCUGACGGUGGAACUGGAACUGGAAGAACUCUGCGUCUGUUGAGAUUGACGAUGAGGAUGAAACUAGGCUAUUGAUCGUUUUGGGUGGGGCGUAUGACGGAUGAGGGAAUUCGGUUGUUUCGUCAAAUAGUUCGUUCCCGGAAGAAUCCGUAUUUUAUCGACCGAUUCGAGUUAAAUAAGUGUUAUUAUCGGAAAGUGUGUCGUGCGCUAGAAAAGGAGAAGUAGAAGAAAAUUGAGCUCUGCCGUAACCAUGGCUGCGAUGAUGCUGGAAUUGAAACUAAUCAUUCUGUGUUUGCCGUCGAUACUGCUUGCCACUACGCUGGAUUCAGAUAACAAAUCCAUACUGGCCAAUACGGACUGGAAACGGCUUUGGCUGGAAACGGGUCAGCUCAACAAUGGUGGAGGAGGAGGGGGCGUGUCUGGUUCUGGCAGCAGCAGUAGUGGUAGUAACAAUCAAAUGAGUGGUGUGAGUGGAAGUGGAAUUAUCGGAACCAUCAGUGCCGGCAUCGGAAGCCCUCGGGCAGACAAUCAUCUCGAUGGCGGCGAUUCCUCGAAUGCUGAUGACGGCGAGGUGAUGGCGCACAACACUACCGUCCAGCUGGGCGGCGUGGCGUUCCUGGUCUGCAAGGUGGCCGGCGUGGACAGAGUGGGUGUACAUUGGAAUCAAAUUUCGUGGAUCCGACGGCGGGAUUGGCAUAUCCUUUCGUCCGGAGCGCAGAUGUACACCAACGACGAACGGUUCGCGAUCCUGCACACGCCCGGCUCCAACACCUGGACGCUGCAGAUCAAGUUCGUCCAGCGGAGGGACCACGGCACCUACGAGUGUCAGGUUUCCACCCCGACCGGAGUAAUUUCACAUUUCGUAAAUCUGCAAGUGGUCGUUCCCGAAGCAUUCAUACUCGGUUCCGGCGAGCUGCACGUGGAUAUGGGAUCAACAAUCAAUUUAGUUUGCAUAAUUGAGAAGAGUCCACAGCCGCCUCAGUACGUGUACUGGCAGCGAAACGAUCGGAUGAUCAACUACGAUGACUCCCGGCGGGACAUCUCAAUCGAAACGGUUCCCGGCCCUCGGACGCAGAGCCGGCUCAUCAUCCGGGAACCGCAGAUCAACGAUUCCGGCAACUACACCUGCUCGGCGAGCAACACCGAGCCGGCCAGUAUAUACGUGUUCGUGUCGAAAGGUGACAACACGGCGGCGAUAUCGCGUCGGAAAACGAGUGGCGCCGGUGCCUCCAUUGCAAUGUCUACGCAUCUAUCCUCGCUGCUGCUGGACUGUCUGUACGUGGUGCCCGGAGUGAUAGCAUCCUUUCUGCUGACAACGCGAUACCAGGCCUGAAAAGGGGAUGCCCUCAACAACCGAGCUGGACGUUGUCACCGGUCGCUGUUCUAGAACAGUUCAAUCCGACGGCAACAGCAACCAAAAUCUGUACAGUAGUUACAACUGUCGUCUGUAGUUAGUGUAAGUUUAGAUUGUAGAGAUGGGAGGAAUUGAAGCAACACGAAUCGAUAGGAAAUAAAAGACAGAAAUUGCGCUUUUCUGGGCAUCCUGGCAAUGAGACAAUGGAGGCAAGUUGCAGCCCAUAUUGCUGUGGUUAAGGACAUUGCAAUGUUGCUAUGACAAACACAAAACCCGGAGUUGUUGUAAAUUAGAGCGCGUGGAAAAAGGGGUAUUUGACAGAAAGUUCUAUUUAUAGAAAGCUCACACGAUACACGAAAUGUAUAGUUUCUGCUAGCUACAAAUGCUCGAAUGAAAUUUCAAACUUCUGAAUAGUUAAAACCGUAAAGUCGAGGAACGAAUGUUCAAUAUGUGGGCAAUCGUUGCAAGUCAGUCAGUUGAGUCAUCGAAGUAAUAUUAAUUUCAUGCAAUUAUCAUGAUAUUCAUUUGUAUUUCUCAAACUGACUGUAAAAAUCAACUGUGAGUUUAGACUAGAAUAACAAAAAUCCACUGUUACAACAGUCUCAGAACCAGUAGUAGUGAAUUAAAUAGAGAACGCCACAAAAAAUGAAACAAAUUUGCCACCCACUUCCCGAACAAUUGACAAGAAUUGAAAACGACGAAAUGAAUAGAAGUCGCCAAUUAUCGCUGAAUGGGAAUCCUUUUUCCCCCAAUACACAGAGUUGAACAGAAUAACAGCGGAAAAACACAUCAACAAUCGACCGAAUAAAACAAUUUCGAGCUUAAAUUAUUCAAGUCCAUUGGAAACGACAUUCAGCGAAUGAAAUGUAAUCAACUGACGUUGCUAUUGGUCCCCUCGAUCAAUCAGGCUGACAGAAAAUGAAAAGAAUUGUAAAUACACCUACAGAGUUUCAUUCGGACCGUAACAAUACCCAUAAUUCCGAGAAAUCGUAUACAAACACACUCGAUCGGACAUUCGUGUAAAGCGGUGAUAAAAAUUCGGCGGAAAAAAUAAUUAUCCAUU